AUGGAGAGCUCCGGGCUGCGGCUGCUGUCCGUGCCGGCGUCCGGCUGGCUGCUGCUCCUGCCCCUGCUGCUGGGGGCCCGGGCCCGGGCCCAGGACCCGGACUACCCGGACCCCCCGGACCCCCCGGCCCCGGACCUGGCCCUGGACCCGGCCCUGCGGCCCCGGGCCGCCCUGCCCGACUACCACGGCGCACAUCAGAAGGAGCUGAUCGAGGCGCUCCAGGAAGUGUUGAAGAAGCUGAAAAGUAAACGCAUCCCGGUCUACGAGAAGAAAUACGGCCAGGUGCCCAUGUGCGAUGCCGGAGAGCAGUGUGCCGUGAGGAAAGGGGCUAGGAUUGGCAAACUCUGUGACUGCCCCAGAGGAACCGUCUGCAACUCCUUCCUCCUGAAGUGUUUAUAAAGGGACCUGCAUCCUUCCACCCGCAUCCUUCCCUCAACACCCACCCCCCCACCCUUCCGCGACAGGACCACUCUGUCGUCCCGGCGUUUGACUUAAACAACUGAAGCCCGCAUCCGCUCCCAAAGAUGGUGGAAAGCUCUUCCUGAGGUUGCCCGCUCAGAGCAUCUCAAUUAGGAAUUCCCGUGUCGAAAGGUAAUGCCGUGUCUGGUGGUGAAAGAGCUGUAAAGUUUUCCCUCGAUUUAGUUCUACUCAUGUGGCAAGCUCUGUGUAUCCCUGUGUAAAGAAGUUGAACUUACCUUGGAAAAUUGUAUUUUUGUAUGUGGAAUGUCCUAAUAAAAAUUAGAUCCGAACACCCGUAGUAGUUACAUCUUAUGUACGAUUUGGAAAGGAACAACACCCCAAGCAAUCCCAACACGGUGUGUACAAACUAUAUAUAAUAAAGGGUUUUUAAC